GACGCCAUCGCCGAGAUCCACGUGGACCUGGACAAAAGGGCUGGCUCCAUCCUUGAGCUGCAGGGCGCCUCCGGCUCCGGAGCAACGAAAGGUCCCUUGGAGGCGGAAGCCCUGGAGGCGGAGCUUUCGCAGGAGCAGGCGCUCUUCGAUUUGAGGCAUCGCCAGGUCUUGGGCCUCGAGGAGCGGCUCCAGGACCUCUUGGCCCAGGAGCCGCGAAACAAGUGCCGCAGUCUGUCUUCCGAGGGUGUAGGGGAUGUAGGGGAUGAGGGCCCUCGCAUGGAGGUUCUCGGCGCUUGGGUGGCUGUGCACGAGCCGCUCCUAACGAAAGAGCUGGAGCAGGCGGAGCAGACGGAGCACACAGCGGAAGUGGAGGUUCGAGCAGAAGAAGCGAAGCAGGAGUUAUGCGCCGACAUGGCAAAGCAGCGGAGAUCCGAAUUCGUUUUCCUGACCGAGGCCAGCGCGGCUGCGGCGGAGGAAGCAGACAAAGCUGCGCGCGAGGCAGCAGCGCUGUACCGACAGCGUGGGAUUCUCCUGCGGGAUGUGGAUGGUCUGGCACGGGAGGAGCGCGCUGCUGCUGGCCGUGCAGACUCAGCUUGCCAGCGCCUGCGCCGGGACCGGCGGCGAGCGGUUGCCGCAACGACGAAGCAGCUCUGGGAGCCAGGUCGCACAAGCCUUCUUCGAGGGACUUGUCCCCAAGAGGCGAGGAAGAGAGCAGCGGCCCAGGCAGAAGAAAUGGUCGAGGCUUCGCGUGGACAGCAGUUGCAGGAACUGCAGCUUUUCAACGAGGAGAUAGCCAUGGUCACUGCUGAGAUGGUCGAGCUCAGAAAGGACCUGGCAAAGGCCGAGGACGCCGCAGCAGAGAAGUGGACGCACCCUGAGGCUCAAAGACAGCCAAAGGUUGCAGAAACGUCGAAGGAAGUGAUUCCUCGAAAUCAUUCAGGCAUACGCAAGGGAAGCGUGGGCAAAAAGGCCUCUCAGGGUCGACUGGAGAUCGUCGCGACAAGUCUACGCGAGCUGGAGCAGCAGGAGCAGGCGCAGAGGGCGGCAAGAGAGUGCCGGGCUGUGGAGCUAACGGCAUCUCUGGAGGCGGCCGAGGCCUCGCUGCAGCGCUGUCGCGCUGAGCACCGCGCCACCUCGGCCGGAGCCCUGCGCCGCCUACGCCGUGCUGCCCGGGAGGCUGAAGAAGCGGAGCGGAGAUGCUGCGAGCUGGCUGUCGCCAAAGACCGUGUUUGCCUGGCUUUGCGCGAUGUGGCCUUUGCCGCUCCGGCCGACGAGGCCUCGCAACAAGCUGUGGAACAGCCAGAGCCCGGCCCAAACCUGGCUGCCGAAGAGCGGAGGCCAGGAGCGGGCGAGGCGCCAAUCGAUCCUGAGCUCCGAGCCCUCUAUCGCCAGGUGCUGCCGCUGCUCCGAGGCAGCGCGGUCGCUGCGCUGAGACCUCCACGCAAAGCCCUGGAGGAAAGACAGCUCGUGCUUAGUUCAGAUCUUCAACGGCUGGAGCUGUGGAUGCCUACAGACUCGCCUGCGACGCGAUCGGAGAGGGCAGAAGCCACGGAAGUCUCAGGCCAUCUCGUGGCGCGCAAGCGCGUCGCGGACGCUUUUCUCAGGUUGGACACGCUGACCCGAGUGCACCUUCCGAAAGCCACGCUGCUGGCGCAGCGGAAGGCGGCCCAGGCGGCCCAGGCGGCAACAAGCAAGCCCAGGCCCAGGCCUAGGUUCUGGCUUCGGUUUGAGCUGGUCGUCGCGGGCUCUGACACAUGGCAGCUCGCUGCGAGCGAUGUACAAACCUUGCAGGCUAUCACCAGCGCGGUGACGGCUUUGCUCACAUCCCGGAAAAAGCUCGGGGCACUCGCUCUGAGUGCAAGGCAACAACCGGGUUCCCUGUGCCUCUGA